AUGGAAGAACUCCAGCGUCUGCGCGAAGAGAACGAUCGCCUCCGGAAUGACCUGACCGCUCGAAGCGAACGACUUGCCAAGGCGCAGGCCGAGAAUGAGGGAUUAAAAAGGAACCACGAAACCAUGGUCGAGGACAACAAACACCUCCAACAAACCAAGAAAGCCCUCACUGACGAGAAUAUGGUCCUGGAAGAAGAGGGCCAGCGGAUGACGCAACAGAACGAUGAACUAUUGGAGGAGAACGUCGACCUCGAGGCCAAACUCGCGGCCAACGAACAGACGAUCGAAGACCUGCGCCACACGGUAGCGCUGCGGGAGCAAGACAUCGCCGAUGCCUUCUUCCAUGUCGAUCAUCGCCAGCGCAGCCUGGACCAGCUUUCCAACGACCUGUUUGCUGCCAACAACCGCGCGGCGGCUGCUGACCGGAAGGCCGAUGAGCUCCAGUACCUACUUGAUUCGGCGAGGAACCAGCUCAAUGGCGAGCAGCCCGGACCGUGGUAG